CGGCCUCACUAUGUCUGCCAUUUUCAAUUUUCAGAGUCUGGUGACUGUAAUCUUGCUGCUUAUAUGUACCUGUGCUUAUAUCCGAUCCUUGGCACCCAGCCUCCUGGACAAAAAUAAAACUGGAUUUCCAGUUGGUAUAUUUUGGAAGUGCACCAGAAUUGGUGAACGGAAGAGUCCUUACAUUGCAGUAUUCUGUGUAGUGAUGGCCUUCAGCAUCCUCUUCAUACAGUAGCUUGGAAGAAUAUCAGAAUUUAAUUGCUAUCAGAUUUCAGUAUGAAAAAAGGACUUAUUUACAGAAAAUAAUGGAAUGAAUGGUUAACCCUUUUAUCUCUGAACAUUGAAUGAGAUAAAUUUCCAGCUGCUGUUCUCUAUUUUUAUUAUUGGACCAAUGUUCUAUAUAAAUAGGAUGUAACCAUUUAAUACUCAAAGAGUUUAAUAUGUCUGUAACAAUCAACGUCAGUACUGUCACUACA